AUGAAACAGAUAAGUGUUCGAGAAGGAAAUGAACAAUGGAAAGGAAGAUCGUGUGGUGUUAGAGCGGAUCCACAUAUGUAUACUUUUGACGGAAAAUCAUACGAGUGUCAGAUACCUGGAGAAUUUAUAAAUUAUCGAAAUCAGCAUCAACUACAAUGGAUUCAAUCCAAACACCACUUAUGUUUCCCGUCGUAUGAUGGACCUUGGUGCGUCUGCGCAGUGGCAGCAAGAGCAGGAAGAGAUGUCUUUGUCAUAGAUUUGUGUGGAGAAAAUAAAAUCAUCAGUUAUGAACUUUGCGAGGACAAUGUUUUGAAAGUCACGAAAAUCCACGACAAAUACUAUAAGAUAUAUUUCCCCACUGGUACUUCACUCGCCAUAUAUAUAAUGGAAUGGAACAGACAUUAUAUCAUUGAUCUUGAAAUUCUACCCUCUGCUAUGGAUGUAGGGAAUGCCGAUGGUUUAUGUGGAUAUUUUGAUGGUGUGAUGGAAAACGACUUCAGAAGGCGAAACAGUACUAUUAUAGAUGACAUCGGUCUGAGUUAUCCUAAUGACUUCUCCGAGUCAUGGAAGAUUCGAGACAACGAAAAUCUCUUCAGCGGUGACUCUUUAGUCUACAGCAGUUUGCAAUCUGUGUCGACCAUUCUUGUUCCUCAUUGUACAUGCACUGAGAGCGGGAAAACCCAAUGCUCCUACAACACGUUCACACCUUGCAACUCAAACCGAGGCAAACAGUAUGAAUGUAAUGUAGACCUUGUACAAAACAGAAGACGAAAACGGGAUGUGUCCAAUAUGUUUAUGGAGAGGGAUCCUUUAAUCAGAAAGAAACGCACGGUUUCCUACGUACGGACGACUGAAUACUCCGAGAGCGUUUGUCUACAGGCUUUUGAAAAUUCACCUGAAUACAACACGUGUCAACAACAUGUGACCGACCUUAGUAAUGUAACCUUAUCCAACUGCAUUGAAGACAUAAGAAUGACAGGCGAUGAGAACCUAACGAACAUUCACGUCGAAGCCGCUCUACAGCAAUGUUCCACGUUUGUUCUUUUAAAUGCCACAUUGCAAGAGACAGAACCGGAAGUAACCUAUGCAAUACAAAACCUCUGUCCAAGCAACUGUACCGGACAUGGAACUUGUGAUGGGGGAAACUGUACAUGUGAUAGUGGCUUUGGGGGGAGCGACUGCUCCUUUGAUUUAAUCGGACCUCCUACAAUAACAAGUGUUCCCAGUGCUGGUCUUUGUGAUCUCUCUACUACAACCUGUAAAGAGGCCACCAUCUUGGGAAAAUAUUUCUUUGAAAACAUGGACUCGAUAUGUUAUCUUACCGUAAAACAAGUACAUCUGAAUUGUCAUUUGUAA